AUGAAGGGCCCGUCGGGCACUGGCCCGGCGAGGGGCCUGGGCGUUUUCUGGAGCGCCCUACUCAUCACUUUCCUCGCCUGGCCGGCCAGUGCUGUCACCAUCACUGUCCCGGCAGUCCCGAAGGACGUGAGCACGAAUGCCACGCAGACACAGUUGCGGGGCCUUCAAGGAUCCUUCGUGUCGGGCAAGGUCUCAGCUGCCGGCCUGGCUUCGCCAGCUGCACCCCCUCCAGCUGCAGGCCCAUCUCUGCACAGGCUCUGGCGCCUCUUCCGGCAGGUGUUGGGGUACUUUGUUCUUGCUUGUGGAGUUGCCUUCUGGCUAUAUUGGGUGCCUACGAAGCUGUACAACGAGCACGAGAAUUUCUUAGCUGAGAAGUUGGAGGGUCGAUCUUUCAGCAUGUACCUGGCGUAUCGCUUCAAUUUCUGGAUGGACUCCGAAGGUCUUUCAGCCAUGGGCAUCAUCCUUUUCGUUGGCAUCCUGUCUCUGUUGACUGCGGGGGCUUUCCUGUACGCCUUCUUCUUGGAUGAGUCGCCGGUCACGGGCCUUUGGAUGUGCUUUGUUUGGGCGUCAGCUGCAUCUGUCGACCCGCAAGCUCCGGCUAUCAUGGGCUUUGUUGGAAUUCUUACCACGCUUGGUGGACUUAUCCUGCUGGCUGUCCUCCUCACCACCAUCUCGGACUAUUUUGCCAAACAG